UUGUCUCGAAAGUGGUGUAAAUACGAUGUAACGAAACGAAAUUUAAGUAACAAUUAGGCAAUAAAAUAUUUCGAACGAAAUAAUACGAACAACUAUUUCCUAAGACUAUACGGUAUCAUAAUUUUGCCGCUAUAAUGGUGACCACAACACUUACUAUUCAAGAUCUUAUACCUGGGUCAAACAGAAGUGGCAAGAAAGUGGACGUGGAUGCUAUAUUGCCGUAUUUAAUAUUACCAGGAUUAUUGCUAAUAGCCACCAUAUCCCGUCCGGUGACUAUCAUUGUAAUGGUAGUUAUUGGCAUGGGUGCUUUAUACGUACAUUCCAGACCGCGACAGAAAAACAGGUCCUCAUUCUUCUUUUCAUGGACGAUGUCAUCAGGGAUAUGUAUGUUCCUAGUAUUUGAAAGUGGAGUGCUGGGUUUCUUUGAAAUUACCCAGCUGGAAAACUUUGUGUUCUUACUGUUACUGUGCUGCACAUGCUAUUUCUUUUACAAAAUGAAGGCUGUUGCUGACUUUGAACUUGCUACUGGAACAUCUAAAGGAAAGGAAUAUAGCCCAGUUUUGACUGCAGAUUCACAUUAUUGUCAAAUAUGUCAAAUUGAAGUUAAUGAGAGAUUUUUCCAUUCAAUAUGGUGGGACUGCUGUGUGCUGAGGCCUAACUAUAUUUACUUCCUUGCUGGGCAAAUAUUUGCAUUUGCCACACUUUUAUUUGGAACAAACUUGGGUCUAACAACAGUUUGUCAACCAUAUAUAUUCUUUGGCGUCAUCCUAAUGCCACAGGAUUGUGACGAUAUGUAUUAUGAUUUCAAUUCAACAAUAUGCUUCGUUACAUGUGUCUACGCAUUGGGAUAUUUACUCGUUAUUACACUAGUUUUGAUUCGACAACUUCUAGUCUACAUACCAAAAUACAGUGAACCACAAUGGAAAAAGCUUGUCAAUGUGCUGAAUGUAUGAAGGAAAACAUGGAAGCUUGGUACUAUGAUUUAAACUAGCUGGAACACUUCAAUUUAAUUGCAUUCUUAAUUCAUUAUAAAUGAAUGUCUAAAUAAGAAUGUAAAGUGUUAAAUAGAAAGGGCCUUAGUAAGUACAUACCAUCAAAGACAUGUAACCUAACAUCAAGAUGGAUUAUCAAGAUAUUGCUAAAAUACUUUCAGAACUUUGCUGUAUGAUAUUUAUUAAUUUACUAGCUGAUCCCGCGAACUUCGUAUCGUUCAAACCUUCCCUGGACCUCUACAAACAUUUUAAACCCAAAAUCAGCUCAAUCGGCCCAGCCGUUCUCGAGUUUUAAUCAGACUAACGAACAACAAUUCAUUUUUAUUUAUAUAGAAGAUUUCUGACAUUUACUGAGGCUUAUAGAUAAUUGGCUUAUAGGAAUGAAUAUAAAAUAUUUAUUUUAAAAUCAUGGAAAUCAUGAAAAACUGAGAUAUACACUAGUUUUAGAACAUAUACUGCUAUAAUGUAAGGGACAUUUUGUUAAAAUUUGUUCUUGUAUGCAUUGCAUUAAUAUUUAAAGGGUCUUGGACCUACGCCCUUUCAAGUAAGAGUUUCAAGUCUGCGGUUAAUAUAUAAAAAAAAAUAUUUUGGCUAGCAUAGCUUGCUUUGAUCCGUUACGUUAUUUAAAAAUUCCAGUUGUACAUGUAACAAACAUAUAUAAUGUAAGACAUAUUUUACUUAAGAAGAUCACAAGAAUUUUAGGAUUUUAUGAUCCUCUUUUUACUUAAACUACCUAAGUACAUCAAUUCCUGAUUUUUAUUUGAUACUUACACUGCGAGUCUUAAGGAAGUCACUAGCACUUAAAAUAAUAAAUUACUCAUACAUAAUAAGUAGCAAUUUAAAGCAACAAAUGGUUGUAUUUUUUUUUUUAAUCUAGGUAGGUACGUACUCUAUUUAAUUUUUACGACAACAUUGCAUCAAUAUUUAUAAGUAUAGUUGUCUUGAUUAUUAUAAUGAAAUUAUAAAAAAAAAAAACUUUUUGAUCUUAUGUAGCUUUUCAAAAUGUUCAACACCUUUAAAUUUAAAAAUAAAACAUAUCAAAUGAUUAAAAUCUAUAAUAAUA